UUGCAUUAUCUGGCAACACCAAGGGCACGCAUUUUAUUUAGAACACAUUUUCCACGAUAUAUAAACAAAAUCCCAAAUUUGUUUAAAAUUUAGCUUAAAUUGCUUAGAAAACAUACAAAAGAAUGGCUAAAGCCAUACCAGAUAGAUGGUUGGAUUACAAACCGAUCGGAAAGCGUGUUCCUGGUACUCGCUUUAUAGCAUUCAAGGUGCCGCUGCACCAGCAUGUCAACGCCAAAGUAAAGGAGAAUCUUCGCCUGGCACCCGAAUCCCUGCUGGAAUCCAUCCCCAACCUGGGCCUCAUAAUCGAUCUGACCAACACGAACCGAUAUUAUCAUCCCAGCGCCUUGACCAAUCACGAUGUGCGUCACCAGAAGCUGAUGAUUCCCGGGAAACAGACACCUAACAAGGGAUUGGCAGAAAAAUUCUGUGGUUUCGUGGCCGACUUCCUCAAGAGCAAUGCGGAUAAUGACAAACUAAUUGGAGUUCAUUGCACGCAUGGAGUAAAUCGAACCGGCUACCUGAUCUGCUAUUUUAUGAUCUCCGUUAUGAAGAAGUCCCCCGCUGAGGCGAUAAAGAACUUUUCUGCGGCACGUGGACAUAAAAUCGAGCGUGAGAAUUACUUGAGUUCUUUGGCGAAACUUUCUAGCCAAGGGGAGGCGUCAAGUAGAGAAGACGAUAACGAAGGGUAUGAGUUUAACAGCAGACACCAGUCCAGAAGGGAAUAUGGAAAUUAUCGUCAGCAAGAUAGUCAUAAACCAAGAGGUUAUCACAAUUACAACUACGAAGACCAACCAUAUGGAAAUUCCUAUACAAAUUCUUGGCGCUAUGAAGGUCCGAGACAACAUUCACAGAAUCGCUACUAUUCAAAAGACAACCGCUUUCACCAUCAGGAUUAUCAGAGCAACUUUAAAAAUAGCAGAUAUCAAAGCCAAAAUUGGCGAGACUCUAGUAGAAGAGAACACGAUGAUCAGGAUAAUAGCUGGUCCUAUUCCCACAAAUUUCGCCAGGAUCGUGAAUAUCGUCAGGACAGGUUUCAAGACAGGCGAUCAACAGCGUAUCAGCAGAGCUCUAGAGGCUUUAAACAAAACCAUUAUAAAAAUAAUGAUCAACGGGACGAUUGGAGAAAAACCAGCAGAAAUCGUUUAAAAUUUAACGAUGAGUAGUUGCCUUUAGCUUAGUUUAAUAUUUUUUACUUUGUAAAAAAUGUAAUAAAUUUAAAAUGGAAUGCUAA